UAGUUCUUUUCCGUCUCAUGUAAAAUUUAGAAGUUUGUACUUUGUAGCAUACUCUCUUCAGGUCAAUACACCUCUUAAUAAACAAACAUAGAGUUGUGUUAAUAGUAGCAACAGAAAACCACCCAUGGCGGCGGCGGCAGCGGCGGCGACGGCAGUGACCAAGCCUGUACCGUCAUCUCAUUCACAAUCUUUCCUAUCCCCAAAUCUUAAAAACCUUAAACCCUCAAAUCUUUCUUUCAUUUCACCACAAAAGCCUCCAUCUUUAACCAUCAAAGCCGAAGCAGCCACCACCCAGAAAACACCCACCUCCGCUUCUCAAUCAAAUUCAAUCGAUCGUUCCCGGGUCGACAUUUUAUCCGAAUCCUUACCCUACAUUCAAAAAUUCAGAGGCAAAACAAUUGUUGUCAAAUACGGCGGCGCCGCCAUGAAAGUCCCCGAACUCAAAGCCUCCGUAGUAAGUGACCUCGUCUUACUUUCCUGCGUCGGCCUCCGCCCAAUUCUCGUCCACGGCGGCGGCCCAGAGAUCAACAAUUGGCUCAGACUUCUCAACAUCGAACCGCUUUUUCAUGAGGGUCUUCGUGUUACUGAUGCUAAAACAAUGGAGAUUGUUUCAAUGGUGUUAGUUGGUAAGGUUAAUAAAGAUUUAGUUUCGUUAAUUAAUAAAGCCGGCGCCACUGCUGUGGGGCUUUCAGGUAUGGACGGCCGUUUACUUAUGGCUAGACCUAGUCCGAAUUUUGUUAACUUAGGAUUUGUUGGUGAAGUUGCUCGUGUUGAUACUACUUUGCUUGAACCACUUGUGAAAAAUGGUCUUAUUCCUGUGAUUGCUUCUGUGGCUGCUGAUGAAUUUGGUCAGUCUUAUAAUAUUAAUGCUGACACUGUUGCUGGUGAGAUAGCUGCUGCUUUAGGUGCGGAGAAAUUGAUUCUUUUGACUGAUGUUGCUGGCAUUUUGGAGGAUAGAGAUGAUCCUAAUAGUUUGGUUAAGGAGAUUGAUAUUAAGGGUAUUAAGAAAAUGAUUGAUGAGAAGAAAGUUGGGGGUGGGAUGAUUCCGAAGGUUAAUUGCUGUGUUCGUUCGCUUGCUCAAGGUGUGAAAACUGCUAGUAUUAUUGAUGGUAGAGUUGAACAUUCUUUGCUUCAUGAGAUUAUGUCUGAACAAGGGAUCGGAACUAUGAUUACCGGGUGAAAUGAUGUGUAGCACGGACACGGAUAUGGGAAAUGGGGCUAGUGUUGUUUUAAGGUUUUCUAUGUUUAAAAUGAAGUUUCAUGUCGGAAACAAGUUUACGACAUGUUUCUGAAAUGGGAAAUGUUGAUUGAAUGAAGUGUCUGUGCUAUUGCAGUAGUCAUUCUGUUUUGUGUUGUAACUCUUAAUUUAAAUUGCAUGUACCUUGAGUAAGUAAUAAAUGAAUCAAUUAUCAUUCUCUGGUUA